AUGGCGGAGGUGGGCAGCCGGGUGCGUGGGUUCCUGCGGAACCGGUGGCUGGUGUUCGUGGCGGCGAUGUGGAUGCAGUCCUGCGCUGGGGUCGGAUACCUCUUCGGCAGCCUCUCGCCCGUGAUCAAGGCCUCGCUCGGGUACAACCAGCGCCAGGUGGCCGGGCUCGGCGUCGCCAAGGACCUCGGCGACAGCGUCGGCUUCCUCGCCGGCACGCUCUGCGCCGUGCUCCCGCUCUGGGCCGCGCUCCUCGUCGGCGCCGCGCAGAACCUCGUCGGGUACGGGUGGGUCUGGCUCGCCGUCACGCGCCGCGUCCCCGUGCCCCCGCUCUGGGCGAUGUGCAUUCUAAUCUUCAUCGGUAACAAUGGUGAGACAUACUUCAACACUGCUGCACUUGUCUCAUGUGUUCAGAACUUCCCCAAGAACCGUGGACCAAUUGUUGGUAUCCUCAAAGGAUUCGCUGGAUUAUGUGGUGCAAUUCUAACGCAGAUUUAUGCAAUUGUACACUCUCCUGAUGAUGCCGCACUGAUCUUCAUGGUUGCAGUUGGCCCAACAAUGGUCGUUAUAGCUUCAAUGUUCAUUGUAAGACCUGUUGGAGGCCACAGACAAGUGCGGCCUUCUGAUGGCACAAGUUUCACAUUUGUAUACAGCGUCUGCUUGCUCUUGGCCGCUUAUCUUAUGGGUGUCAUGUUAUUGGAAGACCUUGUUGACUUAAGCCAGUCAGUGACUGUCUUGUUGACCAUCAUUCUAAUAAUCUUUUUAUUAGUUCCAAUAGUCAUCCCAGUUCUACUCAGCUUCUUUUCGGAUGAUGAUGAGACUUUGUAUGCGCUAUUAUUGCCAUCACCUCGGAAAGAAGAACCAACUGCAUCAACAUCUUCUGAGGAGCAACAGGAGGUUAUACUCAGCGAGGUAGAGGAUGAAAAGCCAAAGGACAUUGAUUUACUUCCAGCCUCAGAGAGGCAAAAAAGGAUAGCAGAAUUGCAGACAAGGUUAUUUCAGGCAGCUGCUAUUGGUGCUGUCAGGGUUAAGAGGAGGAAAGGUCCACGGAGAGGAGAGGAUUUCACACUGAUGCAAGCGCUCAUCAAGGCAGAUUUCUGGCUUCUAUUUUUCUCUCUUCUGCUGGGCUCUGGAUCUGGUCUCACUGUGAUUGAUAAUCUUGGGCAAAUGAGCCAGUCAUUGGGUUACGAGGAAACCCACAUUUUUGUGUCAAUGAUUAGCAUCUGGAACUUUCUUGGACGUAUUGGUGGAGGGUACUUCUCAGAGAUUAUUGUCAAAGAUUAUGCAUAUCCAAGGGCAAUUGCAUUAGCAAUAGCUCAAGUCCUGAUGGCGAUCGGGCACUUCAACUUUGCAAUGGCUUGGCCUGGGACAAUGUACAUUGGCGCGCUGCUUGUCGGAGUAGGCUACGGUGCCCACUGGGCCAUUGUGCCAGCCGCAGCCUCUGAACUGUUUGGGGUGAAAAAUUUCGGAGCACUGUAUAAUUUCCUCACAGUCGCAAACCCAGCAGGCUCCCUGGUAUUCUCAGGGGUUAUCGCCAGUGGCAUCUAUGACGCUGAAGCAGCAAAGCAGGCUCAGCAGCGCCACAACUCUACGUUGCUGGCAAUGAGUGGCAGAGUGGUUAACAUAGUCUCUGAAGCCGCUCCGUCAUCGAAGUGUGAGGGCGCCAUCUGUUUCUUCCUCUCAUCCCUGAUCAUGUCUGGGUUCUGCAUCAUUGCUUUUGGCUUGAGCUUGAUCCUGGUCUAUCGGACAAAGAUUGUGUACACAAGCCUAUAUGGGAAACCGCGUACUUGA